AUGGAUAUGGACGCUGCCAGUAAUAGUAAUUCGACGAGCACCGCGUCGCCUGACCGAUUGACCAACGGCAGAUCCGUCAGCGUUAGCUUGGAUGAUCCCGAGGUUCGCAUGGCCGCCGAAGCACUUGGCGACUUGAGAGCAGACUUCGUCAGCUCCCCCACCAGUCGAAAUACACCCCUUCCAGCUCGCUCCUCGGCGCCCUCCCGGGGCUCGAGGCUAUCUCCGCAAUCCCCGCAGCAAGAGCCUCUCUUUUCGCUCCUAACCACAUCGCAUCCCCUACUCGCCAGUACCAUUGAGAAUGCUACUUCGGCCUACAAUACAUCAAAGAACUUUUCGCCCCGGAUUAAAACCAGCGUAGAGUACGUGGAAGGGUGUUUGACCCCCAUUGCCAACACAGUUGGCUCUGUCGGCCGAGUGACGGGCGUCGAAGGCGGAGUACGAUGGUUCCUGGGAGCCGGAAGGCGUCAUCGUCAGCAUCAACCCGACCUCGAGGCCGAGGGCGGUUCGAACAAGAGACGCAAGGUCGACAGGGGUGAUGAGAUGAUCGGUGUCGUAGUUGAUCCGGCAUCGGGAGGCGCGUUUCCUCCCGUGUCCGGUACCGACUCGCCUCGCGAUUCGUACGUCUUCACUCCCGACCGCCGGCUGUCGCGCGCUAGUACCGUCGAGACGCUACCGGCUUAUGACGAUGCUCGCUCUCCGGCCUACACCGAACAUGACAAGGAGACCGGGGACAGGUCCAGCAUUUCCUCGAGCGAGAUGAGGAGAUCCCGGCUGAUGGUCUCCACAUCCGGCCUCGCGGUGGCCAUGAGCAACGAGAGCUUGCGCAGUCUGAAAUACUGCCUCCACUGGCUCCGCCGCGCCAACGAGCACAUCGGCGGGGUGGUGACGAACCUCAAGACGACGCUCGAGCAGUACGAACAAGCCGGUACCUCGGCGGGACAAGAGGGUGAAGCCGCCCUCGCCGCUGCUGGUGGCGAGACGAUAGACGUAGAUGGCCGUGGCGGCGGUUCGGAACCGGGCUCGCAGCGGGAGGACCAGACGGUCCUGGCGGCACGCAUCAUGGUGCUCAGGGCGGAGAUCCUCAGAAACCUGCAGGCCGCCAUAGAGACGGUGUCGCGCUACGCCGGGGGCGCCCUGCCCGAGAACGCGCGGGCGCUGGUCCACCGCCAGCUGACGAGCCUGCCGCAGCGGUUCCGCUACGCUAGCAUGGUCGAACAGCAGCAGCAGCAGCAGCAGCAGCAGGGCCCUGACGGGUCGGCGAUGCCACCGGAAGAGCGGACUCGGGAAGGCGCGAACCGGGUGCUCGUCUUAGCUAAAGAAGGCCUGGACAUGAUUACCCAGGUGAGCGGUGUGAUAGACGGCACCAUUGUGAGUGCCGAGGAGUGGUGCGACAAGCUCGGCACCAAGAGGCGGGCGGAUGGAGAAUCGAGCUUGCCCGAGUCUCGGAUUCAAGCUUCGGGCAGCGAUACGAAGAUGGGCUGA